CAAUAGUCUUGAUGACAUUUUUUCUACAUCACCACCGUGUACGUGCUCUCCAGGGCCACCUGGCCCUCAAGGAUUAAAGGGAGAACGUGGAAUGCCAGGGACAUAUGGUGAUCCAGGAAAACCUGGUGCAGAUGGUAAGCCUGGAAUUCCAGGAUUACCUGGAAACCCAGGGGUACCAGGACGUCAGGGAAUUCAGGGAUUGCAAGGGUUUCGUGGAUAUAAGGGUGAGGAGGGAAGGCAUGGUGCUCCGGGCAAACAAGGAGUUCCAGGUUUACAAGGGUUAUCAGGACCACAAGGCCCUAUGGGUCCUCAGGGCUUCAAAGGAGAACCAGGCCAACAUGGUUUUGAUGGUAAAAAGGGUGCAAAAGGUGACAAAGGUUCUCAUGGCUAUCCAGGAUUAAAUGGGCUUCCUGGACGUCAUGGUGAAAAUGGAAAAAAUGGCUUACCUGGAAUUCCUGGCACAAAGGGAGAACCUGGAAACGUUGGUUUACCAGGUUUGGAUGGAUUGACAGGACAGCCUGGUAUCCCAGGAAUGCCAGGACGUAUGGGGCCAAUGGGUCACAAGGGAGAAGAUGGACUUCCUGGCAAAAAAGGAGAUAGUGGGCCUCCUGGAGCAAUGGGUGAAAUGGGGCUGCCAGGUAUAUCUGGUUCACGAGGAUUACCAGGGUCCAAGGGUAACAAGGGUGAACGAGGACUCCAAGGAAUUAAGGGACAACGUGGCAGUAAGGGUUGGAUGGGAGAACCAGGUUUACCAGGUCAACCAGGACCUUCUGGAAUGCCUGGGAUGAGAGGAAUAAAGGGUUCCAAAGGAAAUGCUGGUGUCCAGGGAAACCAGGGCAAUAGGGGUAAACCAGGAAUGCCAGGAACACCAGGGCUACAGGGUCCAAGAGGAUUAGCAGGACCAAAAGGAGAGACAGGUGAAUCAGGAUUAUCAGGCACUCCAGGCAUUAAAGGUCAAAAGGGAGAACCUGGCAUACCUGGUGGAACUGGGCCUCAAGGCCCUAAAGGAAGCAAUGGACUUUCAGGAAUACCAGGCCCACCAGGACAAAAAGGAGUUUCUGGGCGAUUCAUUUCAGAUGAAUACAUCCGAGAUAUUUGCAUGGAUGUGCUGAGAACUCAACUAUAUUCACUUUUGCAAAACCAAAGAAAUCAAAACUUCUGGUACUGCCAGACAUGCAAGGGGUCAUCUGGCCCACCAGGUCCAGCAGGCCCACCAGGAUUACCAGGACUUCAAGGUCCAAGUGGCUUCCCAGGUUUAGAUGGUCAACCAGGUCCAUCAGGUUUACCAGGUCCUCCAGGAAUCCAAGGAUUCAUGGGAAUCCCUGGUGAGAAAGGUGAGAAAGGUGAGAGAGGAGUUGGAGACCCUGGACUCCAAGGUCCACCAGGAAUGCCAGGGUCUACAGGCAUGCCAGGAAUUAGUAAAGAAGGGUACCCAGGAAGACCAGGUUCACCUGGAAAAGAUGGAGCUCCUGGUAAAACAGGGAGAGCUGGACCUCCAGGUCCACCUGGAACAUGUCAGCCAUCUCUAUGUUAUCAAGCAUUAGUAGGAAGAGAUCCGUUUAGAAAAGGACCAAACUAUUGAAGUUUUAUAGUCAUCCACAUAGUACAAAUGAAUUUGGAGUAAGUUUAUAGUUGACCUUACUCAAACUGUACGUAUCUUUGAAAUGUCUGAAAAGAAAGGUCUCAGGAAGAUUUACACUAGAACACCAAUAUAUUAUCAAUCAUCUUUUCAUACUGUUGCCAACGUGAGAGGGGUAUCAGCAGCUUAAAAGAAAUCAUUUACUACCUAUAUGUUGUUGGUCCUUCAUGCGAGUCUUCUGUUUCAUU